AUGGGUAGAUGGAGAGCAGUCGCUGCUCUUCUCAUUCGUAAUCAAUAUUCUUCAAAGCCUUCUUCUUCUUUUUCCCCAUGUCUUUGGAAACGCCCGGAGAUUGGCUCCCAAGCUUCUCGCUUGCUUAAUUUCCGAUGCUUAUCAGCGUUUCCUUCUCCCAUUUCGAUAUACAACAACGACUCUGAUUCAGGGUCGGGUGAUGUUUAUCAAAGCUACGACUUUGGAACUAAGGAAGAGGAAGACAAGGGGAAGAUCCCUAUCAAAGCCUAUUUCCUCAGUACUAGUAUUGAUUUGAAGGGGAUGCAAGCUGACAACUUAUGCCAUGUUGUUCCUCCUACCUCCCGCUCUACCAACUCUAUCGCUCUCAGAUUUUCUGAUUCUUCUUCCGGAAUCCCUACGAUGGAUGAGAGGGAGAGUGUAAGCAGCUGCCGGUUCAUGGUUGUCUUUCAAUACGGUUCUGCUGUUCUUUUCAAUGUUGAUGACAAUGACGUUGAGUCCUAUCUCGACAUUGUUCGUAGGCAUGCUUCUGGCCUGCUUACAGAAAUGAGAAAAGAUGAUUAUGCUGUUAAGGAAAAGCCUUUGCUGACUGAGGAAAUGAGAGGUGGCCCUGACUACAUUGUUCUCAAGACUUUGGAUACUAAUAGCAUCCGUAUAAUUGGGAGUGUGCUCGGACAAAGUAUUGCGUUGGAUUACUUUGUUUCUCAGGUUGAUAAGUUGGUGGAAGAGUUUGCUGGUAUAAACCGGGCAAUGGAGAAAACCGGAACUUUCACAAUGCACAGGAAAAAGCUCUUCCAACUCGUAGGGAAGGCUAAUUCUAAUCUUGCUGAUGUGAUUCUCAGAGUUGGUUUGUUUGAUAGAUCCGAGAUUGCCUGGAGAGAGGCUAGAUAUGCGCUGAUAUAUGAGUACCUAAGAGAGGAAUACGAGGUUACUCAGAGAUUUGGGAAUCUAGACUUUAAGCUAAAGUUUGUAGAGCACAACAUUCAUUUCCUCCAAGAGGUGAUGCAGAACCGACGAUCAGAUCUAUUAGAAUGGUGCAUUAUCUUCUUACUGACCAUUGAAAACGUUUUAUCUAUUUACGAGAUCGUCCGAGAAUCCACAGGAGGUUCAGUCUAA